AUGGAACGAGUUAACGGAGAGGACAUUUGGCACGACAGGGAGAUCCGAUUCGACGUGGAUCACAAGUAAGUUCUCAACUCUCAUCAAAAUGAGCUUCGAUCACUUCCAGACUUCUCAAACUAAUCAAUGGAGAGACCCUUGUGGCGAGAGUGGAUAACGUGGAAGAUACGAAGGGAAACAACGGGGACAGAGGUGAAAAAGGAGAAAAUGAAAUGAGAAUUCGAAUGGCAGUUGCAGGAACGAUGAAAGUGACGAAUCUGCGGAUGAUCUGGCACGCCGCCUCGAUGCCGAGAAUCAAUAUUACGAUCGGAUGGAACUGUAUAACCGGAGUGCAGAGCAAGACGGCCACGUCGGUGAGCGAAAUGGGCGGUUCAGAAGGGAAUGAGUGAAUUGUUGAACAGUUGCUGCAACGGAACAGAGGAGGAUCCAACGAGGCAAUCUACGUGCUGGCCAAAGUGAAUUCGUCGACCACAAAGUUCGAAUUCAUCUUCACAACCACCAGCACGUCUUCUCAUUCCAAACUUUUCAAUGUUAUCUCCUCGAUCAGCAGAGCUUAUGAAACCACAAAAAUGUACAGAGAACUGAAAAUGAGAGGAAUAUUCAUCAGAGACGACGGAACACUUCGCAUUCUGCCACAAGAGAACAUUGUCGAGAAAGUGGGCGGAGUGUGGAAUCUUUCGACCGAAACGGUAAGAGGAAAAGAAAGAGAAGAGAGCGAUGGGAAAGUGUUUGCAGGGAAGCCUCGGAGUGUUCAUAAUCACCAACAUCCGCAUCGUCUGGUACGCCGAACUGAACAUCGGCUACAACGUUUCCGUCCCUUACCUGACUCUCUACUCGGCCAGAGUCCGCGAGUCCAAGUUUGGAAUGGCUCUCGUUCUGGAAACUACUUCGAGCAGCGGAGAAUACGUGCUCGGAUUCCGUGUCGACCCGCAGGAGAAACUGCAAAGCCUUCUGAAGACCAUUCAAUCCCUACACAAGGCGCAUCUUCUCAAACCGAUCUUCGGCGUUUCUUAUGUCAGAGAGAAGUCAGAUGUAUUUAAGCAGCUAAUUCCCCAGUUCAAUUUUAUGUUCCAAUCUUUCAGAAACCAGAGACACGCCCCAGCAACCAGGACGAAGAGGAGGUGGAUGUGAUCGACACGACUGAAGACGACGUGGAAAUGCAAAACGUCCGUCCGGAUCCGUUCGCCGCCUAUUUUGACGGACAUCACAGCACAACCGACGAGAAGAGAUUGCCGGUGCUGAAUCCGGAACUCGGAUUGGCAAUCGAACCGAUCCGCAAUGGAUUCACUCUCCAUGACCUGUGGACCAUUCACAUUGAUGUUUGA